UUAAAGGAUAUUUUAGAAAAAGUUCCAGGACUGCCUUCGGCCUUGUACUGAAACACCGAAAUGGCUCAAGUGUUGCAAUUAGUCGUUGGUAUUAUUGUCUUUGAAAUCAUUUGUUGCUUCUGUCCACUGCACGUCACUGGUGUUAAAGUAUCAUCAUGCAGAACAACAGUCUUACCUGGUUUGAGGAAUGAUGGCAACUUGAACACCACCCGAGACAUCCUGAUGCAGGAACCCCAAGAGGGUCUUCAAGAUUGUGCCAGGAUGAAAUUCAAAUCAACUGAGGCCAAAUCUGUGCAGUUUUGUACCACGUCGAAGAUGUGCAUCGUUUUUAGCACCGAGUUAACGCCAGCUAUUAUAGAAGACGCCAUGGCUGAUAGCAACUGUGUGCUUAUGAAGUUCACUUGUGAUGAGAUUAAGCCUAACAUUGACCUAACAGAAGUUGGCACCACUGUAUCUUUAACAGACCGUGUUACGUCUGAUCAACCAGGUGAUUCUGAGUCGAACCCGGGUGCUAAUUGUACAGAUAUUCUCCAAGCCCAACCAGAAGCAGUGUCAGGUGUCUACUGGAUCUCAACACAGGAUCAAACGUUUAAGGUUUUCUGUGAUAUGGACACUGAUGGAGGGGGCUGGACUCUCGUCUGGAGUUACACUUUCACAAAUUUUAGUUCAAACUUGACCGGUGCCCUAACACCAAGACCGAGUUGGUCAGCGUCUCAGGGCGAUGUUCCCAUCUCCAUUACCCCACCGCUGAAUGAGACAGAUUUCAAUGCCGUAGAUUUCUCAUUGUGGAAAUUCAUCGGUGCACAACAAUUCUUGGUGAAAUCGACCAUCAAUCAUUGGAUAACCUGUAAUGGCAAUAAGCUGGUAGAAUUCAAACUGGGAUCAAUUGACUGCCGCGUUGUCAAAACUAUUGGUAACAGUUCAUGCAAUGACGUGGUUCCCAUUCGUUUUUACACCACUAAUGGGUUUAGCAGCGAUUAUCCUUUGGCUAGAAAAGGUCCAGCUCUUGCUGUAUCCAGUAGUCCAUAUUCAAUAGAUACAACUGCGUAUUAUUACUUCUGGGCGUCCACAAGUGGGUCGUACUGCCCCGUGCAUGACCCUUGCGGUUUAGGACGCUGUUAUGGGCAUAAACCAGACCCCGUUAUGCCAUAUGGCAACAUUUACAUUCGCUAA